CCCACACAGCACUUCGUUUCUCUCCUCAGAAGCGCGCUCUCGCACCAAACCGUCAAAAUGGCCGGCGCCACGAGAACACUCUACAAGCAAGUCCUCCCUUCGAUUUUCCUCCGUUUUCUCUGGUCUUGAAAUUCUCGAAACUGGGCGAUAUAUCUUGUCGAGGGCAUCCGAAACCUGUCCUCGGAGCAAUGUGGCCUGCGGGGAACAGCGGAACGGGGAGUUGCGGGCCAUGCCUGUGGGCAGAAGAGAAGGGAAAGACGGAGACGCCGCGGGAAGACAAGAGAGGGACAGGCUCGUGCAAAUGCGCAAAGGAGGCAGUUAUGCUGACUGUUUACCCGAUGACAGUGCGCUCUUCAAGAACAACUACUCCAUGCUUGCCUUCGUUUUCGGCGCAGGCUUUGCCUUCGAGAUUGGAUUCAACUCGGCUGCCGACAAGUACUGGAACCACCUGAACAAGGGCGUAAGUGAUAGGUUCCCUGCCCUUUCCUCUUUUAUAUCUCUUUGCUUCGAAGCUUUGGCAAUGGGCCAAUCCGGAUGUGUCAUUACGAGAGACGCCAUUUUCACGACACAAUCGCUGACUGACGAGGGUAUAGCGCCAAUGGAAGGACAUCCGCGCGAGAUAUGUCGAGGGCGGCGAUGACGAGG